AUGGCCGUGGGAAGUUCUGAUGCUAAUGCCGUCACGCAGACGCCAGCGGAGACGAGGAAAGCCACUGGCGGGCGAGACGUCCCUGAGUUUAUCCCCGCGCCACCAGCUAAGAAAAGGAAGCGACGCGACGACAUGCCGCGGAUCUGGCUCCGUCUGGAGCUGUUCGAGCUCGGUCUCUUGCCGCUGCCGUCCAAAUACGCAGCCUCACUUACUCUUAGCAACGUUAAGAAGGCACUAGAUGCGCUACACAAUAAGAACCAAGCAGCCAAUGGAGAAGCCUUAGAUGCAGCAGCUGGCGACGACGCUGUCAUGCUGGACACGGAGGGAUCUUUCACGGAGAGCGACAAUUUGAGUUCCGUCACGUUUGCGGUCUGGAAGGACGCAGUGGGGAGCAUUUUCCAGUGGAGAGAACAGGACUAUAAGGCCUUCUGGCUGCUGCUGGUGCAGUUUCAUCGCAUGAUUCCCGUUAAGAAUGAGACAGUGGAUACUAUAGCCCCGCUGGAUGGAGCCCAGUGUCUGGAGAGAGAGGAGGUGCCUGUAUUUAAGAUGGCCAUUUUCCUGUUCAUUCAGACAGUCAAACCGCACUCGUGGAGAUCGAAAUACUCGUUGGACUCGUACAAUGCAGUGUGGUAUCGCGAACAUGCCGAGAGUUUGGCUGCUGCUGCCGCACUGGAGACUGCGGGGGCUGUGGCUGCUGCGACGGCGCCGAAAUCGCCGAUUCUGGGUGCUGUUGGGUCCCCGCUCAUGAGGGGCAGCGCCAGUCCGCCUCCCCCUCAAUCUCCGCAUACAGUGGGUAUGGCAGACCGCUCGACAGCGGAUUCGUAUUACUUGUCAUUCGUGCGCGAAAAGCUGGAGGAUCUAUUUGGUUUACUGUAUCCGUCGGUGGAUCUGAAGGACGAAUCUCCGACGGUCGUGAGCGCAGAUCAGAUUGAUUUGUUGGGUUUCUUGCUGUGUUUGGGAGAUGUCAGUCUCGUAGACAAGAACUUAAGACUGAGCUCUUGCUAUCCUACGUGGGAACAGACUGACAAUCCGGAUACAAUGACAGAGACUGAUGCUGCUCAAGAUUUCACGCCUCACGUAGAAAAUGGAGCCAAGGUUUGCCGGUUUUACAAGACUCACCUGUCACUGAAUGAGAAAAUGUAUCCGCCUGUGGGUUUUUCUGUGGCUCCUCCCUCCACGACAGCUCAAAACAAUCUCUCAGCUAUUUCACCACCUGCUUUUUCCCUCAAUGAUGACUUUUCCUUGGAUGGCAGUGCAGACAUGGCUGGGGCUCAAGAAGAAGCAACAGGCCGGCCUACCAUUCUAGCACAGGUCGUGAAGACUACCGUGAUCAAGCGCGCAGACGAGCUUAAAGUGUCCGAAGACAGUGGCCAACGCCCGGACGUCCUCAUUUUCUCGUGCCAAGACUCGUACAUCUACCUCCUGGGACCUGUUCGAUAUCCUUUCAACCCUAUUGUUUCAUUGUCGUGCAAGAACUGCCGUAUUAUUACGGCACCAAACACGGGAAUUUUGUCUAUGGAACGGUGUGAAAAUGUGCAGCUCACUUCGCUCUCUGGUCUCAUCCGCGUCAGCAACUGCCUGGACACUCGCCUCAACGUGUACACUUUGUCUCCGGUUAUUGUUAGUGGAGAAAACGUCGGUGUGAUUCUGGGACCCUACAACGCCAAGUUUUCUGGUUUGAAGCAGCAGCUGUCCACUGUACCAUUCCUGUAUAACACGGAGUCACAAGGCAGCUGGAACAAGUUCCUAGACCUGGACAGCGAGAAAGACACUAUGAGCGACACAGAGAAGCCUCCAGUUUCUCUUCAGGUCCCCGAGACUUUCCGCGAUGUGUGUAUUCCAGUGAAGCCUGCAGCAGGAGCGGGUCCUGCCGAGCGGCCAUUCCCUAUCCCGCCCGAGUACGUCGCAGCAGUGAGGAAGCAGUACGAGACGGUGGACUCUCUGCGUCAACUAGUGACCAGCGAUGAGUUUGACCUCACGAAGAAGCGUACGAUGGAGGUGGUGAUCCAGCUCAAGUUCAAGGAGUGGCUGUCGUCCACGAGCAACGUUAGGCAGAUCCUCGACCUGGUCCAUCUCGAUCGCGUGAACGGAGGCUGCGAUCCGGCCAGCAAGGAGUCGUAGACAGCAAAGUGACCGAGAAAGCACGCAUGUAUCCGUCACACCG